AAUUUAGAAUUACUUGAAGUAGUCUGAUAUUUGUAGCAAAGUAGUAUGUAUAUAUAAUAUAUCUUGGUUAUACCAUGUGUUUGAUAAAGUAUUUCAAGAAAAAGUUUAUGAAAAAUAUCUAGUUAAUUAAGAUAAUAUUUUGUGUUUGAAUAUUAAAAUAUAUCAUAUUUUUAAACUUGAAGAUAUAUUUUUUGUAUACUGUGUGUUACAUACAACAAUAAUUAAUAUUUAUAUUUAGUUAAUGAAAUUGUAAAUAAAUGGAUAGAACCAAGCAACGAAAGGAUUUUCACAAAAAUAAAUUGUCCUGGAUUUAUAAAAAGAAACUAAAAUUAAAACGAGCUGAAAAUCAAACACGAAAUGAAGACACCAAUAAAAAAUUAAAUACUACUGCAACAAGGAUUGUUGUUCGUAAUCUUCCAUUUGAAAUAAAAGAAGAAGAAAUUAGAACGUUGUAUCAAAAAUAUGGAGAAAUAGAAAAAAUAAUCCUUCAUAGUCAGUUGCUCGCUGGUUGUGCGUUCAUAGACUUUAAACGCAUACAAGAUGCAUCCAAAGCAAUAUUUAAUACAAAUAAAAAAGAAUUUUUUGGUAGAACAAUUACCAGCGGAUGGGUCCUUGAAAAUUCUAAGCUUUACAAAAAGGCAAAUAAUAUCAUUGAGACUGAUAAUAAAAAUAAACCUUCCAGUCCCUCUUUGAAAAGAAAAGAUACAAAUCAAGGAAAAGAACCCAAAUUGUUAACAUUGCCAGAAAGUAAUAAACCAAAACGAUUAAAAAGAAAACAUUAAUAGUUAAAUAUAAAUAGAUAUAUUGUUUUCUAUUUUGUUAAAUAAAGAUUUAAUAAUCGA